AACGCAACGGCCACGGAGUACGAACUAGUGCAGUCUUUUGACACCGGUUUGGAUAGACGUGAACGGAACGGCUCUUUAAUUCACUACACGUGUAUAAACUGUGCAGUAUAUUUACUUUUAAAUUUAAAAUAGUGUCGAAUUCUUUUUAUAUUUUAUCUGUGCUUUUUUAAAUCCCGUUUUGGCGGUUUUGUGAAAACUGAAAAGCUUAGACCGAUAUUGUUAGGUACUUAUUGGAUUUUUGGAUUAAUUUGUGCACCUUUUUUAUGAAUAUUGCGUGUGUGAGACAGGCUCAGCAGGCUCGGUAGGUGCGGCAGGCCGGCAGGCGCGGCAGGCCGGCGGGCAGACGCCAUGAGCGGUCGGUAGCGGCAGCAUGAGCGCGCUGCUGUGCCUGGCGCUCGUCGUCGCAGCGCCCACCGUGUACUCGCAAGCUGACGAGGACCCAAGACUCGAGCCGCCCCUCGCGGCCAUUGCGCUCUCUAUCCGUUCCAGACCAAUUCAAGACAGCCGGUGCUACUUGAUGAAUGGCGGCGCUGUCGAGAGCUUCUUCAUCAGCGAGGACACGCCUGUGGGCAGUAUUAUUGGCACGCUAAGCGUGAACGGCGAUCCGUCCUCCACGGGCGACAUAUCACUGUCGCUACAAGAGCGCGGCGCGGCGGUGGGCAUCGCGGCGGGCUCCAAGAACCUCACGCUGCUGCGCGCGCUGGACCGCGAGGAGCGGCUCGGGCCCGCCAGCGUGUACGUCAACGUGCGCUGCGACCGCCGCCGCACCGCCGACCCGAGCUUCGUGAUCCCCGUGUCGGUGCGCGUGUGGGACGUGAACGACAACGCACCCAGCUGGCAGGGCGCGCCGUUCGCCGCGCGCGUGGCGGAGAGCGCGGCGCGCGGCGCGCGCGUGGCGCUGGCGCGGGCCGCCGACCCCGACCAGCCGGGCCCGCACGCCACCGUGCACUAUGAGCUCAUGGGGCCCGCUAAGGAGUACAUAGACUUCGCGAACGAACUAGACGGCACCAUAAUCAUCAAGAAGCCGCUCGACUACGAGAAGUUCCACAACCUGACCGCCACGCUCCGCGCAAGAGAUGGCGGAACUCCGCCCAAGUCAGCUGACACCACGCUACAUGUGGAGGUGCUGGAUGCUGAUGAUCAGAACCCGGCGUUCUCGCACCCGCACUAUGUGGCUGUGCUGGGGGAUGAUGUGAAACCGGGCACAGAACUAGAAACGUCUCCCGGGCCGGUCUCCGCGCUGGACCAGGACCGCGGCAUCAACGCGCCGCUCGUGUACUCGCUCAGCACCCCGGCCGUGCCCGUGCGGGUCGAUAGAGAGACUGGCAAGAUAUUCCUCACUAACGACUCGCUGGAUGCUCUGCCACUUACUGUUGUUGUUAAGGCGACGCAGAUAGACAACAGCGACCGCUACGCACUCGCCACGGUGUCGAUCCGGCGGCGCGCGUCCCGCACCGCGCCCACCGCACUCACUGCGGCCGCCGCAGCGCCCACCGCACCCACUGCGGCGGGCGGUGCGGGCGGCGUGCGGUUCACGCGCGGCGAGUACAGCGCGCGCGUGUCCGAGGACGCGCCGCCCGGCACGCUCGUGCUCACGCUCACCACCACGCCGCACACGCAGGCGCCACUACAGUUCUACGUGUCGGAGCGGUCGUUCCUGCAGCAGUUCGCCAUCAACGCAGCGGGCGAGCUGCUGCUGCGCGCUGCGUUGGACUACGAGACCGCGCCGCAAUACCGCUACCGUGUUAUGGUCACCGAUGGACACACUAACGACACAGCAUCCCUGAACAUAACAGUGGACAACGUGAAUGAGUGGGAGCCGCGGUUCCGCUUUCCGCUCUACGAGUUCCGCGCGGACCUGGAGCAGGCUCGCAGUGAUGACGAGCUGGUGCCCGUGGGAGAGCUCCACGUGUACGAUGGGGACACUAAUGAUAAUGUCACAGUCACGCUUAGGGGACUGCACGCUGAGCUAUUCGAGGUGGGUCCGGGCGGGUCGGUGUCGGUGCGUGCGGCGGCGCGGCGCCUCAACACCAGCGCGUUACAUCUCGUCGCCACCGCGCUCGACUCCGGGGCACCGCCGCGACAGUCCUCAGUCCCAGUGGUAGUCCACGUGGGUGGGGCCCGCACCAGCGAGGCGGCACGUGCGGGCGGCGUGCUCGCCACGUUCCUGGUCGCGCUCGUGCUGCUCGCGCUCUGUGUGCUCGCGCUGCUGCUGUAUAUUUGUGCCAAUCGACGGCGGGCUCCCAAGGGCGAGGCAUCGAGUGUUCCGCCACAAAAAGCAGCAAGCGGCGGGCCGGUGGGCGGGCCGGUCGGCGGGCCGGUCGGCGGGUCGGGCUCGCUGCAGAGCGUGUCGGCGGGCGCCUCCACCAUCCUCGACUCCACCUCCAGCCUCGACAUCCGACACGACGCCACCAACGGUCGCCAGUCGCAGCGGCCCAGCAAGAGCAAGGUGGCGCCGGCGCCGCCCGCACUGCCCGCAGCGGGCACACCCGGUACCGGUGCCGGUGCCGGUGCCGGUGCCGGUGCGGCGGGUGACCCGGCGCUGAUGAGCGACCACCUGUGCGGGGCCGCGGGCCGCUCGGGCGUGGCGUGGCCCAGCGCCACCAUCCCCGCGCGCGUCAAGAAGCUCAGCUGGGACGACGCGCCGCCCCGCAACCAGGAGGGCUCCGCGGUGGAAGCCACCAACCCCGCAGUGGCUGAGCACAUGAACCUCACCGUAUACUUCUAG